AAGAGAAGUUUCCAGUGCGCCACAAGUUGGGGCCGUUAUCUUCCUGCGGAAGCCCUCCUCGCUUUCUCUCUCUUACUCCGAUAGUGGUGUUGUGGUUGGAAAUCCAAUGGCGUCGAUCUCAGCUAUAGAAGGAUUUCUUCCAAAUUCUCUCGCAAUAUCUCUUGGAAAGGCCUCCAAAUCGAGACGUCACAUGAAAAUACCGCGUAGCAAUGGUGGUUCUUCUCAGGAACUGCCGAGGUCUUCCUAUUCGAUCGAUGUAAGUGGUGGCAUGGGCUGUAGGCCAGUCUUUGGCCGAAGAGAAGCUGCCAUGUUAUCCACUGGAUUAUUAGCGGGAGCCAUAUGGAAUGCUUCUGAGAAUGAAGUGGCGGUGGCAUCUGAAUUCGCUGACAUGCCAGCGCUCAGGGGGAAGGAUUAUGGAAAGACGAAGAUGCGGUUUCCAGACUACACAGAAACAGCAUCAGGCCUUCAGUAUAAGGACUUGCGAGUGGGAAGUGGCCCUUCACCAAAGGUGGGAGAGACAGUAGUGGUUGAUUGGGAUGGUUACACCAUAGGAUAUUAUGGGCGCAUAUUUGAAGCUCGUAACAAGACAAAGGGUGGUUCCUUUCAGGGCGAUGACAAAGACUUUUUUAAAUUUAGAGUAGGAUCACAGCAGGUAAUACCAGCUUUUGAGGAAGCUGUUUCCGGCAUGUCCCUGGGCAGUGUCAGAAGGAUCAUAGUGCCCCCUGAACUGGGAUACCCUGAGAAUGACUUCAACAAGAGUGGACCAAGACCAACAACAUUUUCGGGUCAACGAGCCUUGGAUUUUGUGCUGAGGAACCAAGGGCUGAUAGACAAGACCCUUUUGUUCGAUAUUGAGCUUCUCAAGAUCAUACCAAACUGAUCGAAUGCCAGUUCCAUUCCAUCAUGCAUUAGCAAACACCACCCUGAGUUCAAAGAUCAUAAGCUGUCAAGAGAGCCAUUUAGUGAACACUAUCAUCUUCGGGAACAUGGAGGAGUAUUUCAUGUAAUGGGGAGUUUAGUUAUUCCCAGGGGCAAUACGGCAUCGCAAACAGCAUGUUGGUUUUGGUGCAAUUGGGUCCUUGCCAACCAAUAAAAAAGAUGGAUGGAUAAAACAGAGGUCAGACUCUACUAGUCGAUGUUGUUCAAAAUAUUAUAGUUUUUUGUUUCAUCCAGUUAUCCCACUACUAAUAUGCAUGCAUUGUAGUUAGAUAUAUGGCAAAAGAUUUUAUGAAGUUUUAUCAUCCAUCCCGACAAUUAAUCAACAUUAUGGCACUUCAUUUUUUACAGAAUAACAUUGCUUUCAUGGA